GCGCGGCGCGCGUGGAUGGGGCCUGCUGGUAUUAAAGCAAUGUCGCGCGCUCAUGACGUCCUCUUUACCCGCUGCCCGAGAGGAGAGUCCGAACUUUGAGUCCCAACAUCCAUCUUUAAACCAACAAUGGCCGAGGAAGGCGCUGCUGCUGGAGGUGUCAUGGAUGUCAACACCGCUCUCCCUGAAGUGCUCAAGACCGCACUCAUCCACGAUGGCCUGGCCCGUGGUAUCCGUGAGGCUGCCAAGGCCCUGGACAAGCGUCAGGCCCAUCUUUGCGCCCUUGCAGCCAACUGUGACGAACCCAUGUACGUCAAGUUGGUGGAGGCCCUCUGCGCUGAGCAUCAGAUCAACCUGAUCAAGGUUGACGACAACAAGAAGCUCGGCGAGUGGGUUGGUCUGUGCAAGAUUGACCGUGAAGGCAAACCCCGCAAGGUGGUGGGCUGCAGCUGUGUUGUAGUCAAGGAUUAUGGCAAGGAGUCUCAAGCAAAGGAUGUGAUUGAGGAAUACUUCAAAGGCAAGAAAUGAGGUGUCAAUAAAUCGUGGAAAUGAA